GUGCUCGCAUCGUGUCGUGUGUGACGCGGCGGCGGGUGCGCGUGUGGUUUCCGUUCGCGCGUCGACACGGGCCGUGUUUAAAGGUCGGCAUGAGUGGCUGUCGCCGCUGAUUUUUUCACGCCGCGUGCGAGCGCGAUGUUGCGGAGGGCCUGUGUGCGUUGGAGGACGGCGCCGCGUUUUAUACUGCGGUGGCAGCAUAUUUCAAACGAUCCUCACCGCGCGUCGUACCGAGUGGACCAACAGUGCAGUAAUGUGCCGCUCGCGCUGUUGCUCGUACUCUGCAGCUUUCAGCUGGCCAAUGCCGCCACCGAACUUGAGGACGUCACACGGCUUGCCGAACUUGCCCUGUGGCGGUACGAACCGUCCAUUUAUAACAGGCUCGCAGGAAACGCUAGUGAGGUGCUGGUGUCUUUACUGAAUACCCUACGAUCGUCGAGAUUGUCGCAUCGCUUCGAAGCGGUAAACUGCUCGCCUCCUUUCAACGGCAGUGCUCUUUGCGAAGAGGGUGCUGAGUGCCUUCCGGUGGGUGAUCUGCUCCAGCUGUUCCCAGAAGCAGCUGAGCAAAGUGUGGCUGAGGUGCUGGUUCGCCUCUGUCCCGUGCUGCUCUUCCAGAUGCAGCACCAGUCCUGCGACUUUACCCACACCGGCGUCACCGCGGGCCAAGGCGCGUCCACACCGGCUCAGGUCUGGGGUGUGGGGCUUGGCAUGCUGGCCGUGCUCAUCAUCAGCUGUUGCUCGCUAGCGGGCCUGGUUAUAGUGCCUUUCCUGAGCCAUGCCCUGUACCACCGGCAUUCUCAUGGUGUUCGAGGGCCUGGCUGUGGGCUCCUGCUGGGCAGUGCUGUGUUUCACUUGAUUCCGCAGGCAUUUAACCUACUCGGUCAGGAUCGAGAGCAUGACUACCUGUGGAAAUCUCUCAUAGUGUUCGUGGGUGUGUACCUGUUCUACUUGAGUGACAAAGUGAUGCGCUUCAUUGCUGAUUACCGACAGAGGAGGAGUGAUUCGGAGAUUUCGUUUGGACAUGCGCUUUCUAAUGGCUGUGUCCUUGAGCUGUCAUCAGGAAACUCGCCUGUCGGAAAGAACACCCUUGCCACUGCCGAACCUCUGCAGGCCCAUGACCAUGGCAUCAAAGCGGGUGAUGGCAUUGCUGCGGUUGCCUGGAUGAUCAUCUUUGGUGACGGCAUGCACAACUUCAUCGAUGGCCUCUCCAUUGGAGCAGCGUUCUCCGAGAGCCUUCUCGCAGGAGCCAGCAUUUCAGUUGCCGUCGUGUGUGAGGAGUUUCCACACGAACUGGGGGACUUUGCGGUGCUGCUGAACGCGGGCAUGAGCACUCGUCAGGCUGUGGCUUACAACUUUCUGUCGGCACUCACCUGCUUCCUGGGUCUGGGCGUGGGCAUUUUGGUCGGCGACCUUACGGAGGGUGCACCGCACAUAUUUGCCCUGGCUGCCGGCAUGUUCCUCUACAUUUCCCUCGUUGCCAUGAUGGGCGAGUUGAAUGAAGCCCUGGAUGCAGCCAGCAAGGAGGGCUUUGUGGCCUCGGUGAAACUGUUCCUGCUCCAAAAUGUGGGAAUCGGUGUGGGAGUGGCGCUGCUCUUUCUGAUGGCCAAGUACAGCGAAAAGAUCAACUUUGAGUACUUCUCGAGUCUUCCAGCCGGAGUGAGCUUGGCAGCAGCCUCGUUUGGCGGCACACACGAUGAUGCCAGGGCUGUGUUUGGGGGCCUUGGCAUGUGACUGUGAACCGUGCUUUCGACAGUGUCGUCCAGCUGGGCACAAUGCCGCCCAGUCGGGUAGUGUUGUCUGGCUGGGCAGAGCACAUCGCUGCCCAUCAUCUCUCAUUUAGCUUAUCUCCUAACUGGACGUUGAUUAGGUAAGUUGAUAUGUGUCACCUUUUGCAUGUUUUCGUGACUGAGUUGUGGCUGCAUCGUAUCGAUAGACCAACCUCACUUCUGUGCAUGGCACUUGGAUAAGCUUGUAUUCCUUCACCCAAAAAUGACCAGAAGGGCAAGAUUGCGAUGAAAAAAUUCCGUAAACAGGGGUUUUGUGCUCGAGCCGAUGUUUCGACAGGGACGUGCCUUCUUCAAGGCUACUUCUAGCUUUGAAGAAGACAAGUCUUUUUUUAGAAGUAUUGGCACAAGCAUGCAACCUCUGUUUACGGAUUUUCAUUUUUCUUCAUCGUCACGACACACUGUAAGCACAACCUUGAGAGAUCCUCUCAAGGUUGUGCUUACAGCGGUUGUGCAACAUUCAUCUUGCAUGUAAUGGCUUGUACAGCUCUGUUUUCUGACAUAAGACCAUUGUCAUUUCGUUGCUAUCAUUAAACACGGAGUCAAUACUUGGGAAAUUUGCACCCUUAAUAAGUGUGUUGACACCGUGGUGCUGUGCAGUUGGUGUGUUGUUUAUUAACAGUGCUCACACUCAGCUGGCUUUGCUUGCAUAACCACUGAAUAGAGAUCAGCUGUGUGACAUGUCACUCAUUGCACUGCUGUUUUUAGUCUGUUUUUGUGUGGGCUUGUUACCGCUGUGUUACUGAAAGGCAUUUACCAGCAGUGAGAUUAUGUUCUGUAAUGGUUCACUGUUUUGUUCCUCCCAUCAGCACAUGGAUUUUUCAUUACCUAGUGAAUAAUAAUCAAAGAAUUUUUGGCUCAUAGUGAGAAAACAAACAUCUUGUUUCUUAGCUAACUAAUGACAAGCCCGAAUUGUCUUGCAAUAAUACAAGUACAUUAGUGAAGAGUACAAGCUUAGUUGCCUGAUGAAUAUAGAUGUUCUAAUGGUCUGUAAGCUUAUUUGUCGUUGUGGUAGUAUCAAAGCCUCUUCAUUUAAUGCUUUUGAUGCAUAUCACAUGCAAGAGAAGGAAAGAGGAGGAAAGAAGUGAGCAGAAGGAUGGGGAACAUGCGAGAGAAAUUUUUGAGUUGUUAUGCACAUGAGUUAUGAAACUUCUAAAUGUACUGCUGUGAUUGGCUGACAUCUUUCAGGCCUACGAAUUACAGUGCUAUCUGUGUGCAAACUAGUGUUUUGCAUUGUUCAGGUUGCACACAACACAACUGCCACCAUAUUUGGCAAAGUUAGUGUUUGAUGUGACAUAUGUUAUUCUUGCAAUUGUUGCCACUGUUUAAUCUCUACUGAUAGCAUAGGGUAAUGCAUAGUGUACAAUUUUGUAUCAUCCGCACCUGAUUUGUGCUUGAAAGUGAAGAAACUGCGUCGAGUCAGUUGUCUUGGCAUGUCCAUCAGCAAAAGAACUAGCUGUGCGGACAAUGUACAGUGAGUAAUAAAGAUUUUAUUUUAUUUUGUUU